CUUAAAGCUUUUUUUAAAACGAAACAAUUUAUACUAACAUUAUCAAUUAGUGUAUAAGGUUAUACCUUUUGAAUGUUUGUCGUAAGAUUGAUGACAAAUCUUUUCCUUUCUUGGUUAUACCGGAAUACGCGCCAAUUAACGUUCAUACAUUUCCUUGAAACAUGAGAAAGUGAAACAAUGCAUUUAACUGUAUAAGAGUGAUAAGAAAUUUAUGGUUUUAUCAAAAACGUAGAUAUAUAAUAAAGUUAAGUAAUCAAGAAUCAACUUGUGCAUGGUGUCAUCUUAGAACAUCAUAAACAUAUGGAUCUUUAAAAUAGGUAUAAAAAUAAUGUCUAUAUAUUUGCAAUCUUUAUGGAUACGCUUACACAUUGUAUUUGUAGAGAAUAAAUUUAGAUAAUGGGGUUAUGCAGUUUUCGAUGGAAAGUAUUGCUGAUUGUUAUUACAAUCAUACUUCUAUGGCAAUCUUCGAAAAUAUUGUUAUCGUUUACACAAGAUCAUGUUGCAGAAGCAGAAGAAUUUUUGGAAAGCAAAUCAAUGUUAAUAGAGCAAAAAGCUAAUCCAAAAGAAAUAAUUCAUAUAACUGUAUAUUAUGAAACAUUGUGUCCUGAUUCUCGAAGUUUUUUUGUAAAGCAUUUAUUGCCAACAUAUAUGAAACUGAAAGAAAAUGUAGAGGUCACAUUGAUACCAUAUGGGAAAGCUAUGACUACACAAAAUGAUUAUACUUAUGAAUUUAAAUGUCAACACGGACCAAUUGAAUGCCAAGGAAAUAUGAUACAUGCAUGCGCCAUUGAUCUUAUAAAAGAUCAAUCACUUCUAUUGAAUUACUUAUCUUGCAUGAUAAAAAAUAAUAUAGAACCAGUAAAUAUAAUGGAAGUUUGUGCACAGAAAAUGAAUGUGGACUUUAAUGUUAUUUUGAAAUGUUAUUCUGGAGCAAAAGGAAAAGAACUUUUAGCUAGAUAUGGAGAAAUGACAAGUGCUCUUAAGCCACGAAUUUCUUUUAUACCUACAAUCUCUCUUAAUAAUAGUGUUAAGGACCAGGCUAAAAUCUUGAGAAAUUUAUUACAAGAAGUAUGUUUAUUGUUUAAAAUCAAACCUGAAGGUUGUCUAUGAUCAAAGUAUAUUAUAUGUUAAAUGAUGAUUUUAAUUGAUGAACUUCUUUAUUUGAAUCUGAUGAAUUCAAAAUAUAUCUUCAUGAAAUAUAUUUUUGAAAACACUUACUCAUGUGUUUUUCAUUACUUUUUACAAACGUAUCUAGAACAUAGGUAAACCAAUUUUUAUACUGAUUUUCUCUCUGCAUUGUUUUUCUGAUAAUGUUCUUUUGUAUGAUCGCUUGAUUGCAAAAGUAACAAGUAACAUAAAGCAGGAAUACAGAUAUAUGCACAUUUUUAUACAUUGGAACAAUUUAUUAACUCAACAUUAACAUUUUAUACAAACUGUGCUGCUUCCUUAUGUACGAUAAGAAGUGUUAAGAAACAUCCAUGAUUAAUUUUUACUAUCUGAAAGAUUAAACGCUGAUUGCAACCAUUUUUGACAUGAUGCAUUGAAAAUAGAUAAGUACUUCUGCCAUAUCGUUUAUAUAAUAAUCAAUAAUCAAUGUAAAAGGCGAGCAAUUCUAAUCUUACAAUUAAAUUAAUAUCCUCAGAUCUAAGAUCAGGAAUAACAUAAUAAUCGAAUAACAAAAAAUUUUCAAUAAUAAAUUAAUCAAACAUCUAUAUAUUUGACAACAGAAAGAAACACAUUAGUUUAUUUCAGAGAAAUCUCUUAAAAAGUAAAAACAAUCACUGAUUCUUAAUGGAACGAUUAAAUCGUUAAAACAGCAUUAAUAACAUACAAAUGAUAACCCUAUCGCAACUGAAGCAUUUUCUUCGAAUGAAAGAAAAAACGUAAAUUGCAAAGGUUGACGCAAUUAAUAAAAACAUUUCCUUGGUUAAACGAUAAAUCAGAAAAUGAAGCAUGAUAAAAGAGAGGAACUUAAAAAUUACGAAUCGUAUCAAGCAAUGCACGAUUUCUAUAUAUAUAUUUUUUUUUAGGAUGAAAUUGAAAAAUGAAUUUUAUAAAGUGAAAAUAUAUCGACAUAUAUCGCUUAGACUAAUUUUACCGAGAGACAAGUUUAUGUUCACAAAUGACAUCACACGUAUGAAGCAAUUACCAAUUGCGUAAAUGCAUAUUCAUCAUCAAUGUCCUGCGCUGCGAUCUAUAAUAUCUAAUUCACGAGGAGGAAGAUUUUACAAGCGAGAGAUUUUAUUUAAUUACACGCAGAUAUGUAUGUAAAAUACGUUUUGUCACGAAUAACGAAACGCGUUAUUUCUUAGCAAAGGAAUCUGAGUGCCAUUCAUGAAAUGCUAAAAAAAGAUGAGAGAGCUGAAAUGAGAGGUCUAUUGGUAAUUAAAAAAGGACAAGUAAUAAAUAUUUGUGACCUAAAAAUGAGGAUACAUUUAUUUUGUCUUUUUAUAAUCAAUGCAAUCUAGGUCACCAGAAAUACAAGUAGUAGUUCACUCUUUUUUUUUUUCAUUCUGUUUUUCACUUCAAUAUUAAAUAAUAAUAAUAAAGGACUGUGGAGGAAUUGUUUCUUUUUUUUUCUCUUCAUUUUGUCGCAAAUUAAUUUUAUGUAUAUAUAAUAUAUAUUACAUAUAUAUUAUGUCUGAACAACCCCGGAUACACACACACGCAUUUAGAUGUGUUUAUACGCGUCGUGUUACCGUGUGUUGUUCUUUACUCUCAAGUUUUUAAGUAACAUUAUCGCGUACGGAUCGCACAAAUUUACACCAGUUUUCCCCGUUCUGGUUGUGAUCUCUCUCUCUCUUUUUCUUUCUUUCGUUUUUUCUUUCUUUCUUUCUCCGCUUAACGAGACUGACACGACGCACCCAUGGGCGAAGAAAAGCAAUGCACCGAUCACUUGUGUAGCUUGACUUCCUUUUAACACCCCAUCAUCCCCUGUUUAUCCAUUUAAACUUUUUUUUCCUUUUUUAUCCAACAAAAGUGGUGUCGACGUGAGAUGGUUUUUGCGCACGAGUGUUAUGAGGUUUCCUCGAUGGAAGGCAAGAUAAAAACAGGAGAUUACACGGAACCGGAGAUAAAACACACUUUGUUAUUAAAUGUUGUAUAAUGUGUUGUUGUUAUUGUUUUGUUUUACUGUAAUUUAUUUUUCUAUGUUUUUUCUUUUCUAUAUAAGUGUGUGUAUAUGUAUGGAAAUUGUUUCUCUCUCUCUCUCAAUCUCUCGUUCUCUCACUCCCUGGUUCUCUUACUCUCUCAAUCUCUCACAAUUUCUCUCUCUCUCUCUCUCUCUCUCUCUCUCUGUGUUUUGUAACGUAUAUGUGUCGUAUAUGUUGUAUGUGUAUAUGUACGUGCACGCGCGACUUGUAAACGCGUUACGAAUGCGAAACGAGACGCAACGUGAAAAAGCACAGGGAAAAGAAGCUUAUCCAUAGGAACGCAGAGAUCUCGAUCUGGAGCUUUCUAACUAAUCCGCGAUACAAGUAAUGUUCUCUCUUUACUUCUUCAUCUUUUUUUUUAUAAUUUCUUUAUUAUUAUUAUUAUUAUAUUUUUUUUUUCCUUAUUAACACGAUUCCUCGCAUGACGUAGACAAUUAAUCAAUUUCGAAGGAGACAAGGUGCCAAAAAAUGUAUCAUUAUUGGAGAUCUAUAAGAAGUGCUGCUUGCCAUUUUCCACUGCUAUGUAUAUAUUUUCAUUUUUCUUAUAUAAAUUAUCAUAAUCUAGAGUGACGCGCAAGCUAAAGGUGUUGUUUAGUACACGACGUGCCACUACUUAUCGGCGGAUGUCCUUUCUUUCUUUUUUCUUUCUUUCUUUUCUUUCCUUUCUUUUUCCUUUCUUUUUUUUUUUUUUAAA